AUGUCUACACCUUCGGGUAACAUGUCCACCCCUGGGCAGGAAAUGGCCCAGUUUACCCAGAAAAACAUCCUGGGUACCCUCUUUGAAACCACUGAAAGGUAUCAACAUUUAGAACCUGUCGGGAUGGGUACCUCGGGGCUUGUAUGUUCUGCGAAAGAUCAAAUUGGCGACCAGACCGUAGCUGUGAAAAAACUAUCCAAGCCCUUCAAGACAGCCAAUAUUGCAAAACACAUGUAUCGUGAAGUCAAACUUUUAAAACAGCUCCAACAUGACAAUAUUAUUCACUUGAACGACAUUUUCAUCUCGCCAUCUGAGGAAAUUUACCUUGUCACGGAUCUUAUGGCCACAGAUCUCAACGCGCUUUUAAAAACGAAAAAAAUCGACAAUCAAUUCACGCAAUACUUCUUGUACCAACUGAUGCGUGGUCUCAAAUAUGUGCAUUCCGCUGGCGUGGUCCACCGUGAUCUCAAGCCAAGCAAUAUUUUAGUCAACGAGAACUGCGAUCUCAAAAUAUGCGACUUUGGAUUUGCUCGUGUUCAAGACAUGCAGAUGACGGGUUAUGUAUCGACCAGAUACUACCGAGCACCCGAAAUUAUGCUCACCUGGCGACGAUAUAACGAGAAAGUCGACAUCUGGAGUGCUGGCUGCAUCUUCGCUGAAAUGAUGCUCGGAAAGCCUCUCUUCCCAGGCAAAAACCAUAUUGACCAGUUUUGUGUCAUCACACAGCUGCUCGGAAGUCCGCCAGAUAACGUGGUUGCAAAUGUGACAAGUCCAAAUACUUCGAGAUUUGUCAAGUCUCUCCCUAAGCGCUCUCGCAAAUCCUUGGCAAAGCUUAUCCCUGCAGCCAAUGGAAAGGCUAUCGCUUUGCUGGAGAUGAUGCUUCAGUAUGAUCCGCAAAAGCGAUGUUCCGCGGUGGACGCUCUCGAUUCCCAGUAUCUAGCUCCGUAUCAUGACCCUGAUGAUGAGCCUGAGGCAACCCAGCCAUUUGACUACUCAUUAUUCGAAGUAGACCUUCCAACCAAUGUCUGGAAAACCGUGAUGUAUGCGGAAGUUCUGGGUUAUCAUGAGCAAGUCGGCGGGCAGACCUCGCUGCUGUCCCCUUUUGAUGGGAUGGAUCUGGGUUGA